AGAAAAAAGUUAUUAGUAUUAAAAAAAACGUUUAAAAACCUCCUUAAUAAAGGGUAUAUCCGGACGAGUAAUUUAGAAGUUAGAGCCCUGGUUCUAUUUAUAUAUAAACUAAGAGGCGGACUUCGCUUUUAUUAUAAUUAUAAAGUAUUAAAUACUAUUACCUAUAUAGAUUGCUACCCCCUCCUUCUAAUCUGUAAAACCUUUAGAAUUUUAAAAGGAAUGAAAUAA